GUCAUAUACCCAAGCAUGAUGUUACUGUUUUUGGUGUGUCUACUGAUUUGACUGAUCUUAAUUUACCAACCCAUCUGGAUAUCUUGAGAUAUUAUUUUUACACAAGCGAACGUGCUAAAACAGAACAAAAAAAGUUUUCCCAUAAAUCAUUCACUUUUCAAGUACAAGAUAAUUUGAUUGGAAUUUGGGAAAAACUUGGUAUGGAAAUAAUGCUGAAAAAAAGUGUAUGUAAUAAAUUGAAUAAAUUGCUUGACAAGUAUCAAGAGCAAAUCAAGAGAAGAAACAACACCCAACAAUUUACAGAGUAUGUAAAAUCUCUGGAAACAAUUUUUUACAUUGGAACAUGUAAAUGCGAUUUGAAAGCAGCUCCAUGUGCAUGCGGCUGGAUUCCCGAACGCCUCAAAGAGUUCAUGCACGAUCACCGUAAUCAGAGAAGACUAACAAUGAAUGCAUUUAUGAUGGAAACUGAAGAGCAAGGAGCAACGUCUAUGUCAUCAAUGCCAACAUACCAAGAUCCCGAUGAUUCAACAUACGCACCGCCACCGGUUCAAGAAGAUAUGGAUAGAAGCACAAGUUCACAAUACACAGAGAGAUACGAUUGUUUUAACUUUGCCUUGGUAUGUGACAGAUUUGGUGUGCCUGACAGAGUAGCAUCAGCAUUGGGAACCGCUCUUUUGCAAGAUUUUAAAAUUAAAGAUAAGCAUGGGAAACCUCUCAUCAUGGAUAAAUCGAAAGUUCGCAGAGAAAAAGAGAAAUGCAGACAAGAAGUGCUUCGCAAACGGUUAGAUGAUACCAAUUUGUUAGCGUUUUCAUUCGAUGGCAGAAAAGAUGAUACUUUAACGAUAGAUAAAAUUGAUGAGAACGUUUCCAAACGGGUUAUACCGGAAAAUGUAGAGGCUGUUAUGGCGACGACAUUAGAGAGCCGUGCGAAAUUGCCCAGACUUGAAAGUAAAAAAGACUUCAAACAAUAAUUUUUAUUAGUUUCUUUUCUAUAACUCACUUAAAUUAAUUUUUUCAUUUACAUAUGUUCUGACUAAAUAAAUUUCUUAAGAGAAAAAAUAGAUAUUAUUAUAAAUAAAUAAAUAAAAAUAAAGAAAAAACAUAGCCAUUUA